GCAUAAUAAUUUUUUGUUUUCUCAUUGCUGUGGCUUCAAAGCUCUCUCUCGUGAAGGUAAGGUCCCUCCUCCUUCCCCUGUAUGCAUUCAGAGGGCACUAACUGUAUCUCAGCACGGUAACUCGGGGCCAGGUGCGGGUCGCUGCAGUUCUGCGGAGGGCGCUUUGAUCUCACCAUGACAGCCACGCCGCAGCGACUCUGCUUUGCUGGAAUACGGAGCGAACCGCCACUCACGAGGUGACACCUUAACGUAACGAUGCAGUACGUUUAUACGUCCCCGAGCAGGCCUCAGCGGCGUGCCGGUCCCGCGGAGCACAGCGGAACGCCGUGCGUGGGCUGCGGCGGCGGAGGGAGCGGUGUGGCGGGCGGCCCGGCGCCGGAAGCGGCAGCAGCGGGCGGGAGAGCCUCAUGGAGCGGCUCCGCAAACUGUGGCGGGGCCGCACGAUGACCUUCGGCGUGCCGCUGCUGCUCUACAUUGUUGGGGGAUCUUUUGGACUCCGUGAGUUUGCUCAGAUAAGAUAUGAUGUCCACAAACUACAUGGCAAGGUUGAUCCUGCUUUGAAGGAAAAAUUGAAGCAGAACAAUGUGACGUUGGAGACUGAAUAUAAGAAAUUGGAAAAAUCUGACUUGGAUAACUGGGAGAACAUCAGAGGACCACAGCUGUGGGAAGAUUCCAGGACUGUUCAGAAGCAGCGGCGGGAGGCUGCCCGUCUCAAGACAGAGUGACUGAGCAAGCCUGCUUUGCUGCCUACAGAACCAAGUCUCAGGCUGGACUACCUUAUUUUCUAAUCCAGCAUCAGGGACAGAUUUGGGAUGGAUGAAUUGCCCUGAGCAAUUCAUGCCAAUGUGUAUAUAACUAAAUGUGAGAUCAAGCCAAAAAGCACUAUGUUGUAUGAAGUUCUUUGUUUGCUUCCAUUUGCACAGAAUUCCACAGGCUGUAUAUGAGAGUUCUCAAUUAAAAAAAAAAAAAAAAGAAAAGGUGAUUUUGAGAAUAUCACAGUUUUUCAUUGUUUUUUGACAAUUGCAGUUCAAAAGUGAGGUGCUUCAGCAAGAGUUCACAUUUCAAGAGUCAUUUCUCAGUGCCACAGUGAAAACAACAGUGCUAUCAUCGUGAUGUGUGUGACCAGAUAAGUGCUGCUUUGGAGAGCCCCUGCAUGACUUCAAGCUCUUAAGCUUAGAAGGGACUCCACAGGCAUAUGAACUGUUCAGAAACAGUGAGCUUGUUUUUGGCUAAAUAAUAUUCUUUUGUUUCAUUUUCAGGAACUUGUCUGUUCAGGAGCAUGUGCAGAAUGUCAGCUGAUAAUUGGUCAAAUAGCAUUUAUUUAGCUAUGGGCUGAAGGUUUUAUUAGUUUAACUGUCAAUGUCUGCAUGCAGGCAAGACCUUUGUGUUGGAGCUUCUCAGCUUAAGAUACCAAGACCUGUGCAGUUUUCAUGUGAGCAAGCAUUGCAGCAGCAUCUUCCUGAAGCAGUGUAGUGGUAAAGCACAUCUUAUGUGUAUGAUUACAUGUAUAUUUGUGCACAUGCACAAAAAUGCUUAUCUUUUGAUGGAUUAUUCUGAAAUGUCUUUUUGUCUUUGCUGCUUAUUUGCUGUUAGAGGAGGACAUGCUUUUUCAGAGCAAUGGAGCACUAGAGCACAGAUUCAGAGUAGAUUCUGGAUUCAGAGUAUUCAGUGAUGCCUAUAAGUAAAAACCUUGGGAACUCACAAACAUGGUUAUUCUCUCUGCAGGGGAUUUGUGAAAUGCAGUCCAAAUGUCCUUUUAGACACUUUAUUUAGGGGUAGCUUCCUUGUGCUACCUGUGUAAAUCUUCCCUCAGCAUGUAGUUUUUUCAGUCUCUUGUGAUAAGGUCCAGUCUUUCAUGAAGAGAAAUCUACCUUGAUUUUUGAAGAGUUUGAGAAGCAAGUCAUAAGGCAGUAAGUAAAAUGUCUUAGCCAUGUUUUCUGCAGGCUUUCUCCUGACAGAGUUGUGAAGACUAUCAGAAUGUGUAUCUCAUUUGGAACAAGGCUGGAGCUGUGUUUGUGCGUUUCCCUGUGCAGAAUCAUAUAUACCUUUGCUUCUAAAUAAAUAUGCUAGCAAAUUAAAAUAAUCAUGAAAGGACCAAGAGGAGCAAGGCAAAUGUAUAUGCUAUAAGGAAAUUAUUAUAAAAACCAGGAAUAUGGGAACAUUAAGCUUUGCUACAACUAGAGAAAAAGGAACAUUUCAUUGUUUCUAUGUUCUUUUUUACCUAGAAUUUAAUAUGAUGUUCUCGAGCAAAUAAGAUAUAAAAUAGAAUAAAUAAGGAGCAACUCAAACUACCUAGCUUGCUAAGCAUCUUUUCAGCUCCUAAAUUCAAAUUCUCAUGCAGCUCCACUGGCAGCAGCAAGAUCGAUUGCUCAGAGUGCAGUGCACAGCUUUCCCUGAGCUAGAGCUCCUAGCAUCACAGCAGCUGCUAAGGUGCUAUCUGCACCACUGGAAUUGCUUCCUUACAUUGCAUGGCAUAGACCCAUCUUAAGUGGAUUCUUCAGAUUCAUUAUGUCUGUUCCAGAGGAAGUGUCUUCCUUUCCCAGCCUUGACUGAAGUUACCUUUAUUUUGCAGAUGGUGAGGAAUCAGUAGCUCCCAGUCUUGCAACACUGGCUCACAUUGUGGAUGAAUACUACCCCUGAAAUAAGCACAUGGCUUUCUAAGAACAGCACAUAGGAAAAGUUACCUCUUCUCUCAUGGGAAGAAGAAAAGAUAUUUCUCUUUCAUGAAGCUCUUAUGUGUAUCACAUUCCUUCAUGGCCGAAUCACACACUGAAAACAACCCAUGUAUUUUUAGGAAGUUGAUAUUUUGGGAUCAGUAAUCUUAUUUUAAUAUUUCUGGAAUGUGGUUGCAGUUAAUUCUGUGGAGAACACUUUUAAUGUUGUGAUUUAGGACCCAGUUUUGGCUUUUGAUGUUUCUUUGUGGGUUGCAGUGUUCCCCUACUUCACUUUCUCAGGUGUUGUAUUUCUUAUAGUUUCCAACGGCAUAUUUGUAGCUGCCUUUGAAAUGACACCUCUGGAAAGUGAUGGAAUUAUCUUAGCACAGAAAUGACAUGCAGUUGGAAAACAUUUUAACUUGCCCCUUCUCUUCAGGAUAUGCGUGAAGCGAUAGUCCCAGUUGAACGGAAUAUUUAGUGAUCUUCCACUUAAAAAACCCAUUUAUUCCCCCCCACUUUGAUUCAUUUUUGAAUUAAAAAACAUAAUAAUAAUAAAAAAAUACAUUUGGCAGCUUCAGAAGCUUCCUCUUCAUAAAAUGGGGAGAGCUACCUCAGGAUUUUCUCCUUAUUGCCAUGCAUUUGGACGACAGCUUCAUGUUUUAUGCUGUGCUUUUCUCAGCAACAGAAUUGGAAAUAAUACUUAUGAAAAUACCAGACUGAGAGAGACUGUUAAAGUCUCUUAAGUUGUCACAUAUCCUGAAAUAGAAGACACUCCAGAAAUAAGGAGAAUUGUAGUUCGUAACACAAGAGAGAGAGGCAAACAUUAGUUGGUUUGGGAUUCAAGCUUAUUUUGGCUGUUUGUUUUGUUUUUUAAUUAUCCUUCUGAAAGCCACUUCUGAUAAUCUCUAGGGUACCUGGGGACAGCCCUGUUAAGUUCCUGAUGUGUCAAUCUGAGCAUCCAGCACCUGUGGCUGAGAGUCCAGAGAUGAUGAAUUACAGCUGUCUCCAGGAUCAGGAGACCUUUAGCAGAGGGUUAGAGGAGGUGGUCCCUAGAGGUCCUUUCCAAGCCCCUGUGAAUCUGAGAGCUCAGUGUAGCACCCGUGUGUAUCCAGCUGGAUGGUUCCCAGCUGUUAGCACUGUUUCAGCAAUGGGGAUGGUAAUGAAAAAGACAAGCUGCAUUCUGGGCGGCCAUGCACAGCUGUGAUACCACAAAAUGAAGAGCAACUCAGUCAGCUCAUCGGCUAAUGGUGGUGACUG